AUGCAACAUGACGAUGUUAUCUGGAGUGUAUUGAAUGGUCAGUUUUGUUCAUAUAAACAACAAAAAACAAAAACACAACUAUUUUGUUCCAAUGAAUAUAACUUAACUGGUUUGUGUAAUCGUCGUUCAUGUCCAUUAGCCAAUUCACAAUAUGCCACAGUGCGUGAAGAAAAGGGAAUUUGCUAUUUAUAUCUAAAAGUUGUUGAACGUUCACAUUAUCCCAAAAAACAAUGGGAAAAAAUAAAAUUACAUGAAAGUUAUGUAAAAGCGUUAAAGCAAGUCAAUGAGCAUUUGUUAUAUUGGCCACGAUUUGUUCGGCAUAAAUGUAAACAACGUCUAACAAAAUUAACACAAUAUAUUAUACGUACAAGGCGAUUAAUGUUGAAACAGACUGGACAGCGUGAAUUAGUGCCUAUCAAGAAAAAAUAUGAAAGACGAGAAAAAAAACAUGAAGAUAAAGCAUUUAUCGCAGCGAAUAUUGAUCGCUCAAUUGAAAACGAACUAUUAGAACGUUUAAAGAAAGGAACGUAUGGUGAUACAUACACGUUUCCAGUAACAGCCAUCAAAGACAGUAUGAGAGAAGAAAGCAGUGACGAGGAGGAAGACGAUGUUGAUGAAGAAGUUGACAAGAACGGCGACACGGAAUCAGAAGAUGAAGAAGAAAUAGAGUACGUAGAAGAUUUCCAAGAAAGUGAAGCAUCCGAUAUUGAAGAUAUUAAUGAAAUGGAAUAUGAAGAAGAAGAAAAAGAAGUGCAACGGCCAGCAAAAAAACGGCAAUUGGAAAUCGAAUAUGAACCAGGAACAACAACCAAAAUAAAAGAGAAACUAAGACAACGACAUGCAAAUGAUUGA